CAACACUCUUUUGACUCCUCUCUCUCUUAUAUAUUCUCUUCAUCUUCUUCCUUUCAUUCAUUCCGUUCCUUUGCCAACGUUUUUUCAUUUUUCACAAACCUCUCUUAUCUCUUUCUUCCUUCAACACACGCCACCAUUUCUCAUCUCUAUUCAGGUACUAACAGUCAAAGAACACAUUGUAAGACAAAAGGAAAUGGCCUUCAAUCAGUAUUUUGAGGAGGGUGUGGACCGAAUUGAGUCCUUGGAAGAUAAACCAUCUCAGGAAAUAUGGAAAUGUGCAAGUGCUGAAGCAAUUUCGGGCUCUAGCGGCUUUGACUGCAACAUAUGUCUUGAGUGUGUGCAAGAUCCGGUUGUCACUCUUUGCGGUCAUCUCUACUGCUGGCCCUGCAUUUACAAAUGGCUUAAUUUCAAUGACGAAAAUGAAGAUAAGCGAAAGGAGAAGCCACAAUGUCCAGUAUGCAAAUCAGAAAUUUCAAAGUCAUCUCUUGUUCCGCUCUAUGGCCGCGGCCAAACUACACCGCCUUCCAAAGGCAAUGCUCAACAAGUAAGGAGUGUGAUACCACCGAGACCGCUUGGUCCAUUACCAAGAUCACUUGAUGCUGCAUCUGUUUCACAACAUGCUUCUCAGGUUUAUCAUCCUCAUUAUCUUAACCAUACUCAACGAUACGCUUCACCGAUGCUUAACACAAGUGGUUUAAUGACCAAUCCAUUGGAUACAACUUAUGGUGUCUUUGGUGAGAUGAUAUAUGCAAGGAUCUUUGGUAACCAAGUGACAAACAUAUAUACAUACCCAAAUUCGUAUAAUCUUACAGGAAUUAGUAAUCCAAGGAUGAGAAGGCAUUUGAUGCGAGCAGAUAGGUCGCUCGGUAGAAUCUGUUUCUUCCUCUUUUGUUGCACAGUUUUGUGUCUUCUCUUAUUUUGAAUGCUAUUCCAUAUUUGUUGUGCAAUACAUUCCUGUAUAGAAUAGAACAAGCUGUAUGCCGAAUGCCGGUUUAGUUAGAUUAGAUGUAUCAUAUAUAUCAUCAGAGAAGUUGCAUAUUUGGUACUGCUGAGAUAGGUUGGUAUAACUACCAGUCUUUCUCUCUUUGAGUAAUUUGAAAUGGAUGUUUGAAUAAA